AUGCGCUGUUUCCGCCUGACGCGGCCCCACCCCCUCCGUGCCCCUCUCUCCCUGGCGUCACUUCCGGCGCCGCUGCGCCUGGCGCCUACUUCCGCUUCCGUCCGCCUCGUUGCCGGCAGCCGCCACCGAGCCCGGGAAAAGCGCGCGCGCCCUCGGGACGUUUCCGCUUCCGACGGAAAACCGGAGCCGCCCGCCGCUCCCCGAGCCGGGCCCGCCCGCCGCUUCUCCCGCCGCCUGCGGGGCGGCUCUCGGGGCCGCGCUCCCUCCGAUGCGGCCGCGGCGCACAUGAGGAUGGAGGCCCGGGACGCGGCGCGGGGCAGCCACGGCUCCGCCUUCAAGGCCUUCGCGCUGCCCCCGCGGGCCGGCCUGCGGGAGCCUCUCUCCCAGCCGGACAGCAAGUUUUUAACCAACAAGAUCGGUGGUUUCACUUGCCCCGCUGGAAACGCAUCCUGCGCUCUUAAUUACAGCCCAGAAGUCCCCUGCCCUGAGAGCUACCGGGUGGCGGGGGAGCCUCGAGCCUUUGGCUCCAGCGCCAAUGGGCAGUGGAGGGGCUUGGUUCCCCCUCUGGGCUCCGUACCGCAGAAGCCGAGGGUGAGCCGAGGCUCUUACCUUGAAGCUCGCAAGAACGCCAGUGGGACAUCCAACAGUUUUGUAGGAAAAUCAAACCACCAUUGCCAUGCAUCAGCUUUUCCGAUCAAACCUGCUCAGAGUCCUUCCUGGAGCGGUCCGUGUCGCCGCAGCCUGCAUAGCCCCAAGAAAACACCCCGGCGGUUCAUCAGCACGGCAGAAGAGACUGUUCGGGAGGAAGAGCGAGAGAUCUACAGGCAGUUGCUUCAGAUGGUCACGGGAAAACAAUUUUCUACGUCGAAGCCCUCUUCCUUAUUCCCCUUCCACCUGUCCAGGUGUUCAAAUUCCAGCAAAACUGUAGUGAAAGAAACUCCCAGCAAGAACUCAAAGUUGUUUGAAACUCACAGCAUCGCACCAGCUAGUUCAGCAUCCAGCGUCCUCGGAGCACAGGAGCAGCCGUCACACAAACCACCGCUCUACUCCGCCCCCACUUAUCCCUCCCAUGUCUUUGAGUCCAGUAACUCCACAGCCCAGCAUCAGCAAGAAAAUCUACCAGCAUCUAACACCGCCAGUCCGAAGGGUUGGACUCUGUCAAUUUUGCUCAAGGUAAAGGAUUCCAGAACCCCAGCACCAAGCCUCCCGUUCUUCCAGGCAGAACUAUGGAUCAAAGAACUGACCAGUGUCUACGAUUCACGAGCUCGGGACAGGUGGCGGCAAAUUGAAGAGCAGAAAGCGCUGGCCUUGCAGCUGCAAAGCCAG